AUGGCAGACGAAAAGACCGAACAUUCCUCAGAGGAGAAAUCGCCCACGCAGACAGGUAGCAGCACCACACAGUCUGCCAAAAGCAACGCCAAAGAUCCCUCGCGGUCCAAGCGGAAGAAGGCUCGCCGCGCGUGCUUUGCCUGUCAACGAGCACACCUGACAUGUGGUGACGAACGGCCUUGUCUGAGGUGUAUUAAACGUGGCCUUCAGGAUCAAUGCCACGAUGGCGUGCGCAAAAAGGCAAAAUAUCUCCAUGACGCCCCGGCGGAGGCGCUGGUCCCGGGAUUCUCCAACAACUUUGCAAUGAGUCGAAACCAAAACAUGCCGAGCGUCCCCGCCGCUCCAAUGUCAAACGGUCUGCCCGUCUCGCAACCCGGCGCCUUCUACCCACAGAGCGCUGGGCCUAGCUACCCUCAAUAUGGAUCGAGCUCCCAGCAGAACCCGAUGGGUCCGCCCAUGCUCGACGGGAGCGGAAUGGUCUCGGACUUCGCCUCGAGCGCUCCAGUGGAACCGCCGUCCCAAUUCCAGGCCACUCCUAACCAGCAAACGUCUCCUGCCCAGGACCUGACAAGUAACCUCGAGCACACACCUUCGAUAAGUACCGUAGGAGGGACGUCCUUCGACACACCUUACUUCGAUCCUAAUGAUCCCGCUUUGUUCAACUUCAACAUCUCGGAGCUCAACUUUGGGAAUCAUUACGGCGCGCUCGAAUUUGGCAUGCUUGGUCACAUGUCUUCUGGUGCGGUCAACACUCCAGAAUUGGACGGCUUGAAUUCCAUGGGACAGCACAAUCAGCGCAGCGUCUCGUACGACGGCAGUAACGCUUUCACCUCUGGUUACAACUACAAUCAGGGGUUUCCGUCCUGGCAGAAUGCUCCAAACUCUGGCUCACGGCACGGCAGUGCCGCCAAUGCUUGGACAUCGCAAAACAAUGCAUUGGACGCUUUUGCCAUUGGCGAGCAGGGAUCCAUAACCGGCGCAAGCCCGCAUUCUCAGAACCAAGAUUACGCCGCCAUGUCAUCGCCGGAGACGCAAUACGUCCAACCCGAACAGACGCAGCAGUCCGACCUGCUCCGCCAGAGCUUGACUCAGGCUCAGCAAAACUCUCGUAAGCAGCCUCCGUUCCCCGGUGAUCCCAGCACGGAGGUCACUCGCAAGCGUGGUCGCAACACAUCAGAGGUGUACACUUCCGUCCAAGCACCGUACUCCUACACCCUUGGUUUCCAUGCCCUUACAGCUUUCUUGCAGAAGCGUUUUCCUGCCAACAAGGUCCUUCGUAUCGCCAAAGCGCUUGCUACGAUUCGGCCUUCCUUCAUUUCAUGCAAUCAACACUUGAACCACGACGAUCUUAUUUUCAUGGAGAAAUGCUUCCAGCGCACUUUGUUUGAGUACGAGGACUUGGUCGGGUAUUACGGCACGCCGACAGUAAUUUGCCGCCGGACUGGUGAAGUGGCAGCCGUCAGCAAGGAAUUCUGUCUCGUCACUGGAUGGAAGCGCGACGUUCUGCUUGGAAAGGAACCGAACUUGAAUGUCAAUACUGGAGAUCUUUCAGGAACAGGGACGCAAACUGGAGCCAGUUCUAAGGGAACUGCGACUCCCAGGGUGCCUCGAUUCGACAUUGAUCCAGGUCGCCCUCAGCCAGUCUUCCUGGCGGAGCUCAUGGACGAGGACAGCGUUGUACAAUUCUUCGACGAUUUUGCGGAAUUGGCCUUUCGAGCUUCGCGGACAUCCGUUAUUGGAGAGCCAUGUUCACUGCUCAAAUACCGGACGAAAGACCAUCCGGGUUGGUCAUCGAGCGACACCUCUGGAGAGAAUGGAAAACGGCACAGAGCCUCCGAGGAUGGCAGAAUCGAACCCAUCACCAAUGGUGAGUCGGGAAUGAAUGCGCUUGGAGACAAGGAUGGUAAAGUGGACUGUGUGAUGUGCUGGCACGUAAAGCGGGAUGUUUUUGACAUUCCCAUGCUGAUCGUCAUGAACUUCCUCCCAAAGAUCUGAAUGACCACGAAUACGACAGCCUGGCUACGGAUCUGCUUGAUGACGAAUCAAUGAAUGGGGUUCGGCGUCUCUACAUGUAUGGCUUUGCAACGAGGAGCGAUAUUUUGGCAUCGCAUGCUGGUCUUUGGUGCGACCGCUCGGUAAUCUUUGCACACGACAACACGGAGACACGGAGCGCACUCGAGGACGCGUGAGAUCAAAGCCAAUACACGGCGUGAUCGCCCUGACCAUUAUGUCUAAUGCUGUUACAUACAUGACCACCAACGAUGUGAACAAGUCAG